GAAAAGCAGAUGAGCAAUCACACAGCAUGCAUGAUGAGGAGGAGGAGGAGGAGGAGGAGGAGGAAGAUGAUAAUGGAGGCGACACAAUGAUGAGUGCCGAGGACAUAAUCGCAGAUCAGGCCAAGCAGGUACCAGAUGACCCAUAUGCUAAUCUCAGCAAAAAGGAGAAGAAGAAGAAAAAGAAGGAGAGGGAGUUUGAGCGUCAGAUAGCCAGUGUCCGAGCUGAGAGUGCAUUGGAAGGAGAUUUCUCUAUAUCCCAGGCUGAGAUGUCCUCCAGACAGGCUAUGCUGGAAAACGCCUCAGAUAUCAAGCUGGAGAGGUUCAGCAUAUCUGCUCACGGCAAGGAGCUUUUCAUCAAUGCUGACCUUCUGAUCGUCGCGGGAAGAAGAUAUGGUUUGGUUGGACCGAAUGGCAAAGGAAAGACCACAUUAUUAAAACACAUAGCCAACAGAGCUCUCAGUAUCCCCCCCAAUAUUGAUGUGUUGCUGUGUGAACAAGAGGUGGUGGCCGAUGACACUCCAGCAGUACAGGCUGUCCUAAAGGCCGACACCCGCCGCCUGAAACUGUUGGAGGAAGAGAAACAGCUUCAGGCUCGUCUGGAGAAAGGAGAGGAUGCUGUGUUGGAGAGACUAGACAAGGUUUACGAAGAGCUGAGAGCAAUUGGCGCUGCAGCAGCUGAAGCCAAGGCCAGAAGAAUCCUGGCUGGUCUGUCAUUUACCCCCGAGAUGCAGAACAGGCCAACCAAAAGGUUCUCGGGAGGGUGGAGGAUGAGAGUUUCCCUUGCCAGAGCCCUGUUCAUGGAGCCCACUCUACUGAUGCUGGACGAGCCCACCAACCACCUGGAUCUAAAUGCUGUGAUCUGGCUCAAUAACUACCUUCAAGGUUGGAAGAAAACCCUCCUGAUAGUUUCCCAUGACCAGAGUUUUCUUGACGAUGUGUGUACAGAUAUCAUCCAUCUAGACAACCAAAAACUAUACUACUACAGAGGAAACUAUUUGACCUUCAAGAAGAUGUACAAACAGAAGCAAAAAGAGCUGCAGAAACAGUAUGACAAGCAGGAGAAGAAGCUGAAAGACUUGAAGGCUGGUGGCAAAUCCACCAAACAGGCUGAAAAGCAGACCAAAGAGGCCCUAACCAGAAAGCAGCAAAAAGGUAAGAAGAAGGGACCUCAAGAAGAGGAGAGCCAGGAGGCCCCCGAGCUGCUGAAGAGGCCCAAAGAGUACACCGUCAAGUUCACCUUCCCCAACCCUCCUCCUCUCUCACCACCCAUACUUGGGCUGCACAGUGUCGACUUUGGCUACGAAGGUCAGAAGCCUCUUUUCAAAAAUGUGGAUUUUGGCAUUGACAUGGAUUCCAGGAUUUGUAUUGUCGGGCCCAAUGGUGUUGGAAAGAGUACCCUGCUGCUGCUGCUGACUGGAAAAUUAAAUCCCAUUAAAGGUGAGAUGAGGAAGAACCAUCGACUGAAAGUUGGGUUCUUCAAUCAGCAGUAUGCUGACCAGUUGAACAUGGACGAAGCCCCCACAGAGUACCUGAUGAGGAACUUUAACCUGCCCUACCAGGACAGCAGGAAGUGUCUGGGACGUUUUGGCCUGGAGAGUCACGCCCACACCAUUCAGAUCUCCAAACUCUCCGGUGGGCAGAAGGCCAGAGUCGUAUUUGCAGAGUUGUCGUGUCGUCAGCCGGAUGUCCUUAUCCUGGAUGAGCCCACCAACAAUUUGGACAUUGAGUCAAUAGACGCCUUAUCUGAGGCCAUCAAUGAGUACAAAGGAGCUGUGAUCAUCGUGAGUCACGACGCACGGCUCAUCACGGAGACUCAGUGCCAGCUGUGGGUGGUGGAGGAACGCUCCGUGAACCAGAUUGACGGAGACUUCGACGACUACAAGCGGGAGGUGCUGGAGGCCCUCGGAGAGACAAUGGUCAACAAAGUCAACCCAUGACGGCCUGCUGUGGAAGCAGGUUCUACCUGCAGCAGUACAAGCUCGAAGUCCUUUUCUACCAGAGCGAAACGAUGAUCUGCCAAAGCUUAAUAAAAUACUCAAAC